AUGAGUGAGCUCGUCAAAAAGACUUUGGAUAGCGACGCGACGGAUAUGCUCAUCGACAAAUGGCUUGAGCAUCGCGGAAACGGGCACGAUGCGUAUUUCGACUGGUUUCAGGGCAUCAGAGAACGAAAGUGUGCCCAUUCGCAUAUGAAGCAAAUGCUGCUCUGGAAUAAAGGCGAGUUCGUACCCGAGAACAUCUUUUGCCGCACCGUCGAUACCAGGAGGUUGAUUCCACUCGACCGCACGUGGACCACACAUGUCUAUCACCAUCGCUCUAUGCAAGAUCGGAAGCUGUCGAUGAUGCCGGUCGUUUUUACUAUGCUGCCGGAGCUUAUGAUCCUCAGAGGGAUGCACGACGUGGGCUGCGAUGAGAUAUACAUCAUAGUGACAGAUCUCAAGCGGCAGGAAAUGGACGAUGUGACCGAGUAUUUCAAACUCGUCUGUCGACAUUCCUUUGGUCGCACCUGCAAGCCGCAGAUGGAGAACCAGAUUCGCCAUGAGCACAUGCGUUUAUGCCAUACCCUCGUGCGACAGAGGAGAACUCCUUGUUUUCCUCAAAUCGAUCUCACCCUCCGUGCAAUCCUAUUCGAAAAACGACCUCGAUUCAUCAUUCUCUUCUCCCACCAGACGACUUCCUACUCUCAGAUCCUGUUUACCCACGAUCUCUUCGUCCCGGAAGCAGAUAUCUACCACGACUUUCCGUCUGGAUGUCCGAACCCCUGCUGCACCGAUGACUGCGAAAUGAUACGAUUCCCCCGCCGUGGCGUAGACAGUGCAUCCGUCCUUCAUAUCAAACGAGGGGGAAAGUACGGCAAGCGAAUCAAAGUACGAGAACUUUGCAAUUGGAUCGACUGUGAUGUAUGCUUUAGCGAGGAGUCGGCCUCAAGUUCGAUCUCAGGGACUGAGGGGUCUGUGAGCAGCAGUGAGGAUAGAACUUCGAUCAGUGGCGGUCAUGAGGGGGAGGGAGACGGCCGGUUCUUAGGGUUUGUUUGCAGCAAGUGCAAACUUGUGAAAUAUUGUUCUGUUGAGCACCAGAGAUUGGACUGGGACGAACAUCGAAGGGUCUGUAUAAGGGCUCAGGUUGUAACUUAG